UGGAUCGCGUCCUUGGUCAUUAUUUUUUUCCCUCGUUUCUCCUCUGAAAUUCCACUAGCGAGAAGAGAUUUCGUCAAAAUCAGAUAUAUUUGAUUACUUCAGCGACACUCUAAAUCUUCAACGAUGGUUCUCGAGGCGACGAUGAUAUGUAUCGACAAUUCUGAAUGGACAAGAAACGGUGAUUACUCACCAACUAGAUUUCAAGCUCAAGCUGAUGCUGUGAAUCUCAUCUGCGGUGCUAAAACACAGUCUAAUCCUGAGAAUACAGUUGGAAUUCUAACAAUGGCUGGUAAAGGUGUUCGUGUAUUGGUUACUCCUACCAGUGAUCUUGGAAAGAUAUUGGCUUGCAUGCAUGGGUUAGAAGUAGGUGGAGAGAUGAACUUGGCUGCUGGGAUCCAGGUAGCUCAAUUGGCUCUUAAACAUCGUCAAAAUAAAAAGCAGCAACAGAGAAUUAUAGUUUUUGCUGGAAGUCCAGUGAAAUAUGAUAAGAAGGUAUUGGAAACAAUUGGAAAGAAGCUGAAAAAGAACAGUGUUGCCCUGGACAUUGUUGAUUUUGGUGAAGAAGGCGAUGAGAAGCCAGAGAAGCUUGAAGCUCUCCUUGCAUCUGUAAACAAUAGCGACAGUAGUCGCAUUGUCCAUGUUCCUGCUGGUCCUAAUGCUCUCUCUGAUGUUCUCAUCAGCACACCCAUAUUCACUGGGGAUGGGGAAGGAGGUGGAAGUGGUUUUGCAGCUGCAGCAGCAGCGGCAUCUGGAGGUGGUGGUUAUGAUUUUGGAGUGGAUCCAAACUUAGAUCCUGAGCUUGCUCUUGCUCUUAGGGUUUCCAUGGAAGAAGAGAGAGCAAGACAAGAAGCUGCUGCCAAGAAGACAGCAGAUGAAGCUGCUAAACAAGGAGGGGAAUCUUCAAAUUCACAAGAUGCAACAAUGACUGAAAAUGUGGCUGCUGAUGACGUUAAAGGAAAUGAUCAAAUGGAUGAGGAAACUGCAUUGCUUCAGCAAGCCCUGUCAAUGUCCAUGGGUGAUCCAGCGUCAAGUCAUUCUGGUAAAUCAACAGGUGACGUAGAUAUGAUGGACGCAAGUACAGACGAUCAGGAGCUGGCCAUGGCCCUUCAGAUGUCUGUGGAGGAAAGUGCAAAAGACACUGAAAUGAACAAAGUGCUGGGUGAUCAGUCAUUUAUGACAUCCAUCCUUGCUUCUCUUCCAGGAGUUGAUCCAAAUGAUCCUUCAGUGAAAGAUUUGCUUGCAUCUUUGCAAGGCCAAGGAGAGGUUAGUAAGGACUAAAAGAAGGAUGAAAACCAGUCAAAAGAGGAGGAGAAGAAGUGAUGCUGCCAUAAAGGGGUCCCACUUGUGGUCGAGUCACCGAGGUUGAUCCUUUUCAAGUUCCUCAAGACUGGCAUGAAAUAGUAUUAUGUGUCUAGAUCAGUUGAAUGGCCAGAGUAGGGCUCUGUAUUUCCAAUGACUCCAAUCAAGCACCAGUAUUGUUCUUUUAAAGGUCCAAACAUUCAGUUGUGUCUUGUGAGAGGUUAAUGAUUGUAUUCUUCGCAGACCAUAUUCUUGUAACCACUACGUCGUUUCUUAUCAACUGAUAUUUAAGUUUAAGUUUCCAGAAUUGUUGUUCGAUGGUGGACUUCACAGUUUUUAUUUAUGCCUGUUUCAUUUGCUUUGAA